AAGAUGUACCGAUUCAGACGAUCCAACAUGUAUCCCAUGAUGCACUCUGGCAUGGGCAUGGCUCCAUUCUUUAAGGUGACCGUGUUCGAGCAGGAGCACUUCCAGGGCAAGUGUCAGGAGUUCACUUCAGAGUGCUGCAACAUCCAGCAGUGCGGCUUCGACAACAUCCGUUCCAUCCGCGUGGAGAGUGGAGCCUGGGUGGGUUAUGAGCAUCAUGAUUUCCAGGGACAGCAGUUUGUCCUGGAGAGAGGCGAAUACCCUCACUGGGACUCCUACUGCGGAAACCUGGCCUACCACGUCGAGAGAUUUAUGUCCUUCAGGCCCAUCUUCUGUGCUGCUCACCAGAGCAGCCGCAUGAUGAUCUACGAGAAGGAAAAUUUCCUGGGUCGUUGUACGGAGCUGUGUGAUGACUACCCCUCUCUGCAGGCUAUGGGCUGGUGCGGCAUAAGAGUGGGCUCCAUGCAUGUGCAGUGUGGCGCUUUUGUGUGUUACGAGUUCCCAGGCUACAGGGGCAGGCAGUACAUCAUGGAGUGUGAGAAGCACAAUGGAGACUACCAGCACUGGAAGAACUGGGGCUCCCACAGUCAGACUCCUCAGAUCCAGUCCAUCCGUAGGAUCCAGCAUUAACAGGGCAGCUUCUACCCCCCACACACACACCACUGACCACUCAGCCUCCCACCACACACACCUUACACACUCCUUGUUAACAGCAGUAACUCACUACUGUACCACACACACACACACACUGUACAGCCAUCCUGUCCUAAAUGCUUUCUUGUUAGGUGCUAAACAAUGCCUCCUGUGGUGCUCUACCUGUGCUCAACAGAUACUCAUCAAAGUCAG